GCCACACUCUGGGUGUUUUCGAGACUAAUAAGGUCAACAAUAACAACACUAAAAGGAGAAAGAGUGAAAGAGAGUUGUUUAAGUUCAAAAGUUGCAGUUAUAGAAGUAAAAAAGGUGAUACAGCAUGGUGAGCAAGAAAAAAUCAACUGGACCUGUGAGUGAAGGCAUUGAUAGUCUUCCUGGAUCAUCAGCGCCCAGCCCAGUACCAUUUUCGGCCCUGAAUGACGAUGACUCUAAGCAGGAUGAAGGUGCCAAGAGGCCUGUGUUUAAAUCCAAAACCUUCCAGCACAUGAACAAAUCUUCGAAUAAAAAGAAAGCAUGGAAAUCUCUUAAACAAAUAAUCGCGCAAGAGAGAGCACAGCCAAUGCCAGAAGGGUGUGUCCAUUACAGUGGAAUUGAGGCCCCUCCUUCUUUUAAGCCUGCUAAGAAGUAUUCUGAUCUCUUGGGAUUUUUGUCUAAAUACACGGAUCCUCAAACGAAACUUCAUUAUUCAACAGCAGCAGAAUUCUCGAUCAUCAGAUCACUUCCAAAUGACAUAGUCACCGGCUACUUAACUCUACGAAAAGCCAAUAUUCAAGUCUGAUUACAUUAAACUAAUAAAAAAUGGCAGAAAAAGAAA